AUGGUGUCUGAACUGAGCGCUAGACUGAUGCGGGGCCACAAUUACAAUGCCCCAACCAGUGCCUAUCAAACCAAGAAGAUCUUUGCCGAUUUGGCUGGCUGCCGAUCCAGCGCCGUGGUAAGUCCCAACGGAAGUCAACCUGACGAGCCCAUGACGAGUAUUACGGCGUGUACGGAGAAGCUCCAUCAGAUUUCCCAAGGAGGCCGUCGCAAGGUGAAUCCCCAUAAUGCGCAACAAGACCAAGGCUGCUUCAAGCGCCGCAAGAUUGACGAGCUGUCCUUUGCAGCCAGUCAUGUCAAGGAGGACUUGGCCAAGAGUGGCUUGCCCUUUCCCUCUCUCGAUGCGUCUUUGAGCCAUCACAUCGAUCUUGGAGAAAAGGCCACCAAGCAGGCCGUCAAGCGUGUCUGUGCCAAGUCGGUCGCGUCGUCUCCCUUUUUGACGAACGCCGUGGGCCCCAGCUGCAGCAAGGCAGCCACCAUGAUUGACUUUGGAAACCUCUUUGCGGCCACUUUCGACAGCUACGGAACUACCAAGAACCACUCCGGUACCACUGUCGUUAGCAGUGGUAGCUCCAUUUGUUCCGACAACAAGAGCAACAUCAGCAGUGACGGAGAUUCCAUUGUCAUUCCUGCUCGUCUCGAGGACGCAUUGCUUCAGAAGACCCAACGAGCUGCUUGCAAAGUUACCACUCCCGAAGAAGAUACCGCUGCUUCCGUGGCGACUGACUCUCAGCGCCGUGCUAUCUAUGCCAAUCCCAUCACCAUCCGUGAAGCUUUCGAGAAUAGCAACGAAGCCAGAUUGGUGACACUUUCCUUUGCUCCCUUUUUGGUGGUCCACGCCAAUCCUGCCUACACGGAAAAGACUGGCCUUUCCCCUGCCGAUAUCCUCGGAAAGCCCUUUCACGAGGUCAUCCAGGACAAGGUCCUCAAGGCAACCACUGCCAAGGCUUCUGCCUUGACCAGCUUGCACGAACAAGUCACCAGCUUGAAUCAGUAUCAUAAGGCAACUGCUGAUUCCAUGGACGCCCGCAUCAAGGUGGCUGUGGUCGGACCCGAGAACCAAAAGGGAAACAUGGACCGCAGCUACUUUUCGCACUACAUGGUCGCCUUGGUCGAGGAACAACCCGAAGCUCCUGCUGUCACGGACGAUGACUCGGCCGACAGCAGCAGUGGCGAGGAAGCCUCUCUCCAAGAUUCCGACAUGGCCAUGUUGGAAAGUGCCAUGGAUAGUGAUGAUGAUGAAGACGAUGUCAUUGAUGCUCUGGAGAUUCCUCCUCUUCCUCCCAUCUUGGAAGCCUCUAUUCCUGCCAUGCGCCUCCACUGUGGUGUCAUGGGCUAA